AUGUUUGUGAUGUUUCGUGUCGCUUGGCACCAUGGCUACCUUGGCCCUUGGCUCUUUCUUGUUUCCAUCCGGACCGCAGAAAGAAAAAAACUAAGGGCACUCCCAGAUGUCGUUCCAUGCAUGCCCCUGUAUAGUGAUUUUGAAACAGAUAGUGGCACGGUUUCCAAUAGAUUUUCUACCUGGGGAUCUACGAACUUCUGUUUACUUGGGGGUCUAUAUCUGGAAGCUGCCGCGAUGGGCUGUCGCCGGUGUUUUUUUUCAGGUCCUUUUCCAGUCGGAACGCGCGGCUUGACGCGGCGGGUGACUGGAGGUAUGCAGAUCACCGCCCCGGUGAUGACCUACAUCGAUGCAUUGAAUGCCUCUCUCUUGGAAUGGGAGCGGAACAUGAGCAAAGCAGCCAAGAAGAGGACGCUGGUCAUGGGCAUUGUUCGCAACCCCUUGACGAUGGUCGCCUCCGCCUAUUGCUACCACCACCACGGGCAGGAGAUGCAGAAUCUCAUGUUCGACGUGCAACGCUUGAAGGUGCUGGGCCCCGACGAAGGAACCACCGCUACAGCCGAAAUGUUGCUGCCGGUCGUCGAGUGGAUGACGAGCGCUUUCGCCGAGCCCGACGGGGACACGCUGCGGCUCAGGUACGAGGACUUCGAACGCUCUUCGGACAGCUUCGACCGCGAGGUGGAUAAGUUGCUGGAUUUCUUCUUCGCCGCUUCCAGCAGUCCAGCUUGGGCAGCUCCACUCAUUAGCGAAGGGGAGCGUUCGAUCAUGCAAUCCAUGGCGACCACGGCGGACCUGCGGCGCGCGCCCUUCCUGGCCGUCAGUGGGCCCAAGGAGCUGAACCACACCAACGACGAGGCCUGUGAAGGCGUGGCACGACGGGGGGUGGGGCAGAGCGGAGAGAGAGUGGAUGAGAGUGAGAACUUGGGGGAUGAGAAAAGGGCCACCGGGAGUUCCAGAGGCGCCUCGGAUAUCGAAUUGGAUCGGCGUAAGGAGCCAAGCCGAGCCGAACGUGAGCAGCCCUGCCAAGAGGGCACCACGCGCUUUGCCUGUCAGACGAUCUCCCUGGCUCAGCGCAUGCUAAGACGGCGAGAGACGCCGAGCUGCGACGCCGCGGACGCGCCCGUCGCUGCUCAGUCCACCGCAGGACGCAUCCUUCGAGGAAGUCCGGCGGGCGUACUUGAAGAUGGCCCUGAUGCCUGGCAGACGUGGGGCGAGGGGAGGAAAGGCACUGUAGGAGGUCGGUGGCGGCCAACAGCCAACGCCGCUAGUGAGACCCUCGCCGUCGCCCCAAACGGUGAGGAGCAGAUGUUCAAGCGAGUGGCCCAAGCCUACAAGGUGCUGGGUGACCCCGUGCUGCGGCGCCGCUACGACGGCGGCGGUGAGCGUGGUCUCGGAGAGGAGUGGUGGCCGAAAGAUCCAGAAGCCAGCAAAGAUAUGGCCUAUCAGUUCUUUAUCCACCGAGUGCCCGGGCAUUCUCUCAGAGACGGCUUCAGCGAGGCCAAGCUCCGAGAGAUCUUCCCAAACCUCUUCGGCCGCGGCAGUGGUGAAACGCUGCAAGAGGUGCCUCACCGCAGCCGGAUGUCCCUCUCCUCACUGUGA